GAAUUUCCGCUUGCUUCUUUCUUUACACCACACAUCUCCGGGUCGCGCUGCGACACUAUGAGGUCUAAGACUACACCUCUUGACACAAACGCUGAGAAGAAAGGCCAUGUCUGUCCACCCUCUAACGCUACGCACCCUGCAGACCGUUGGGAGAGUCUGUUUGUGUACUCCUUCAUCUGCAAGUUUACCGACCUCCGGGGAAAUGUUGAGGGUUUGCUAACACCAAUGGACUUUGAAGAGGCACUGAUGCUGAAAGUGCCCAAUGCUGUCAUGACCGCGAUACUGGCGCGUUUCGUACGGAACUUGCGGCCACAGACGCGUAAUGUCGGUAUGGAACAUAUAUCCAGCACGGUCGCCGCUAUCCUGUCAGACUUCCUGAAGUCGUCGGAGAGGACAGUGUUUUGGAAUGAAGAAUUGAAAGCGAACGUGGACCCGUUCCAGGGGAUAGAGGGGGGUUUCUUUGCUGCGGAUUGGGACCUGAAACUCAAAAUCCUGCGACAGCUUGUGGAACUACAGCUGUGUCAUUCAACAGAAAUCAAGGGCUUGAUUGAUCGCGCGUGGGGAGUGGUUCACAACAAGCACAAGAAAAAGGAGAUGCCCCCGGAACCACGACCUGAUCCAUCGGAUCCCUAUAGCCAGGAGAACCUGCAACUCCUCCCAAUCGGUCAGGAUGCUACGCGCAAGCGAUACUGGGUGGCAGAUGAUUCCCCUCGUCUGUAUCUCUCCACUAAUCCGUGGAAGAUUACCGCUACCUUUCAGAGCAUCUCUUCCACGCGUGAAGAGUAUGUCGGCAUCAUUGAAAGGCUAAAAGCGGAAGGACCCUCGGAGCCCAAAGAGGGCGAGAAAAGGUCCAAAUUAGAAGUGGCUCAUUUAGCACUGGUCAAGGCCUUGGAAGGUCGCCUCCCAGCAAUAGAUGCAGAACUGGCGAGAAUUGCCAAAGCACGACGGAAGAUGGAACAAAAGCAAGUAUUCUCAGAACAAGCAGAGAUCAGGCAAACGCGACUUCGUCGAACUACGCGCAGACUUGAUUAUGCGCAGAUGGACGCAGGCGCCAGUGAUGAUGAACUGGAUGACGAAGAAUAUCAAGACAACACUGUAGAGGUGGAACGGUUUACGAACUCGCGAUCCACUACGCCUAGCGGGACGAGUAGUCGUCGCAUGUCUGAAGCACCGGAACGCCGGCGGUCUAGUCGGGCGGCCGCCGUAAACGGUAAACGGGGUUCAACAGACGACGUUUGGAGUCAGUGGCGGGGUGAACGGCGAUCGAGUCGACUGGGAGCACCUUCCGGAACUCAGUUAGACGAGCCACCUUCCAAGAGGGCACGUACAGAGGACAGCACUGUCAGCGCGAACUCAACCGAGCCUGCGAAUGGUUCUUCAUCCAAGGCGGGAGGCGCUGCUUUGAAGCCAACAGAAGUGGCUGUGGAUCAUGUAGCGGGCAAAAAGAAGAGCAGGUUUUGGUUCUACGCUGUGGAACCCAUUCCAGGUCAGGAACCGGAGUCGGCGCAGACGUCGAAUGGCCAUAGUCAGCCGGAUACAGGUGCCAAUGGAGACCACCCUGCCAAUGGAGAUCAUCCUAACGGAGACCAUCCUACCAACGGCGACAGUUCUGCGACGGAUGUCAAUAGCUACGAGAAGUCUGCAAAUGGCACGAACGGGAAUGGGAACGAAAGAGCAUCGCAAGAAAGCCCUUCUCUACAUUCAAGCGUGGAGGAUACGUAACUUUCUCAUUUAUCCUGUGGACGUUUGGUUUGCAUUUAUUAUCCUGCAGCGUUCAUACCCUAUAAUUGCAUCUAGUAUCUGUCCCAAGCCGCAUCCUUACACUCACUAUCUUUGUUUUUCGAGACGUUUUGCCGUGUAUUAUAGUACAGGUAGGCCAUGUAUGUCGCAUAUUAUUGUUCAGUCAAUGCACCAUUGAAUACAAUCACUCGAAUUAUUAAGCUA